AUGUCGAACACCAACAUCCCACUUCCUUCCAUGCACCAGCUGCUUGAAAUGUUCCCCGGACCUUCUAGUCAUCCCCGCCGAGACGAAUUCACGAUCUCUCCACGUCGUCCUUCUGCAGGUUGGUUGCAAAGAGGUGGUUGGAUUGAUGGUGGCAUUGACCCGCCUCACAGAUACUUUUCCAAUGAAAAAAUGACGGCCACCCGUAAAUUCUGGACCGGAGUCCCCGAGUUCCCGCCUCUGCCUGUUCCUGUCCAAGCGGAUAUCCCGAUGUUUGUUCCCCUGCCAAUCGAACAGAUCAGUCCUGCUGCGGAAGUACCUGCUGAGGUCAAUGUGCCCAUACCUCCGGCAGUUGUCGAAGGUCACAAUGUUUCUGUUCAGAUGAUUUAUUCUGCUCAAGUGACUGGUCCAGUCAGCCGAGGGUCCAAGCUGAUCACGAAGAAGGCUAAGUUGAUUUCUUCUGACACUAUCGUGCUGGAAGACAUAUCUCGCGCUGUGUUUGUCAAACGGUUCCUAGCCAUUCACGAGCUCGAGGACAAGUUUGCAGUGGGGGCUAUUUCCGGGCCUCCGUUCAAGAUGUAUUGGACAGGAUCUGUUGGUGGUAAAGCUGGUGCCACUACUAUUAAUAAUGACCGCCAAUUUUCCGUUGCUUUGGCAGCCCUCUUGAAGAAAAACAAAUGUGUUUGCCAAGUGGGAGUCGAGUUUGAUGUUGACAAGAUGGAUGGCUUCCGCAUUCGCACCCGCCCUAUUCUUGCAUUAGAUAAUUCUCAAGACGGUGAAGACGAGCUUGAGUCUGGCACACAGGUCCCACACAUCGAAGCCUUCUCUGAUCAGACACAGCUCCACGGAGCCAUCAUUAUCCAGCUCAAAGCAAAGUGGGCAUGUGCGGAACACCAGGGUGAGAGUGGAGGGAUUGGUUAUUGUUAUGUAUCCGCAACCGGGGGAACAUGUUGGCCUCAACAGCCAUCGUUUGAAAAUAUGGGCCUCUGCUGUGGUGGGUACUAG